AUGCCUCUUCCUCCCGAUCCUGUUGAGAUCCGAGGUGGGUGCAACUGCGGAGCCAUCAGGUACAAGAUCAAGGUGCCGGCUUUUGACGAGCGGCCAAUUCACUUCACUUUCCCAUCUGCUGCCAAGGCGGACCCUGCCACGCCGCGGCUGCCUCUUAUCGCGACGGACCUGUGCAACGACUGCCGGUCCGCGACGUCCUCUAUCUUGCCGACCUGGAUCCUGUGUCCGGGCGACUUCUUCACUAUUUCAUGUCUGCCCAAGUCUACCGGCGAUGACGGCGCGCCGCCGGCACAGCUGCACAAGCGGCCGCUGGUGAACCGCGCCGUCGUAGCCAGCGACGACAGCGGCAGGCCGGCGUUCGUCCCGGCGUAUGAGAUGCUGCGCGGGGGGCGUCCGUCGCAGGACACGUGGCUGCAGCUGUACGUCUCGACGGACGAGGAGACGAACCACAAGACGGGGCGCGACUCGUUCCGCAGCUUCUGCGGGCGGUGCGGGACCAACAUCGCCUACACGGUGGCGCCCAUGCCGCCGGGGAUGCCGGACAGUAAGCAACUUUUGGAGUUUAUUUUCACCUCUUUUAGCCAUGUUUGGUGUAAUGGAGACAAAGCCACCGUCCUAAUGUGGGCGGCCACUCCCGGAACAUCCCUUUUCAAGCCCUUUCAAGCCUUUCCCUACUCUUUCACUGUCCUCAAAAGGCAAUUACUGACUCCCGAUGUUGCAGUGAUCGAUGUCAUUCUGGGGGCGGUAGACCGCGAGCUGCUGGAGCAGGACUGGAUGCGGCCGGAGCGGCACCUCUGGUGGCGGUAUGGUGUCCCGUGGGUGCAGGAUCUCUUGAUGGGUGGGCUGCCGGCGCCGAGGCACCCGAUCUAUAGUGUUCAUGAUGUCGUGCAGGAUGAGUUCAAGUUAUGA